GCAGGUGGCCGCGGACCGGAGCGGCGCGGCCAUGGGCAGAGGGGUACGCCUGCUGCUGCUGCUAAGCCUGCUGCACUGGGGCGGCGGCGAGGGCAGGAAGACCUGGCGGCGCCGAGGACAGCAGCCGCCCCCUCCGCCCCCGCCCCCGCCCCCGCUGCGAGCCGAGGCGGCGCAGGCGGCUGGACAGCCGGUGGAGAGCUUCCCGCUGGACUUCACGGCCGUGGAGGGCAACAUGGACAGCUUCAUGGCGCAGGUCAAGAGCCUGGCGCAGUCCCUGUACCCCUGCUCUGCGCAGCAGCUCAAUGAGGACCUGCGUCUGCACCUCCUGCUCAACACGUCGGUUACCUGCAACGACGGCAGCCCGGCGGGCUACUACCUGAAGGAGUCCAAGGGCAGCCGGCGGUGGCUGCUCUUCCUGGAAGGCGGCUGGUACUGCUUUAACCGGGAGAACUGCGACUCCCGCUACGACACCAUGCGGCGCCUCAUGAGCUCCAAGGACUGGCCGCGCACUCGCACAGGCACAGGUAUCCUAUCCUCGCAGCCGGAGGAAAAUCCGCACUGGUGGAACGCGAACAUGGUGUUCAUUCCCUACUGCUCCAGUGAUGUCUGGAGCGGGACGUCCUCCAAGUCUGAGAAGAAUGAGUAUGCCUUUAUGGGUGCCCUCAUCAUCCGGGAGGUGGUGCAAGAGCUCCUAGCCAAAGGGCUGAGUGGGGCCAGGGUGUUGCUGCUGGCGGGGAGCAGUGCCGGUGGCACAGGUGUGCUGUUGAAUGUGGAUCGCGUGGCUGAGCAGCUGGAGGAGCUGGGCUACCCGGCCAUCCAGGUACGAGGCCUGGCUGACUCGGGCUGGUUCCUGGACAACAAGCAGUACCGCCGUACAGACUGCGUCGAUACUGUCACCUGUGCCCCAACUGAGGCCAUCCGCCGAGGCAUCAGGUACUGGAAAGGGAUGGUCCCUGAGCGCUGCCGGCGCCAGUUCAAGGAGGGUGAGGAGUGGAACUGCUUCUUCGGAUACAAAGUCUACCCAACCCUGCGCCGCCCAGUGUUCGUGGUGCAGUGGCUGUUUGAUGAGGCGCAACUCACCGUGGACAACGUGCACCUCACUGGGCAGCCGGUGCAGGAGGGCCAGUGGCUGUACAUCCAGAACCUGGGCCGCCAGCUGCGGGACACGCUCAAGGAUGUGGUGGCCAGCUUUGCCCCCGCCUGCCUCUCGCAUGAGAUCAUCAUCCGCAGCCACUGGACGGACGUCCAGGUGAAAGGCACCUCACUGCCCCGCGCACUGCACUGCUGGGACAGGAGCCUCCACGACAGUCACAAGGCCAGCCGGGCACCCCUGAAGGGCUGUCCAGUCCACCUGGUGGACAGCUGCCCCUGGCCCCACUGCAACCCCUCAUGCCCCACCAUCCGGGACCAGUUCACGGGCCAGGAGAUGAACGUGGCCCAGUUCCUUAUGCACAUGGGCUUCGACGUGCAGACCGUGGCCCAGCAGCAGGGCCUGGAGCCCAGUAAGCUGCUGGGGAUGUUGAGCAAUGGGAGCUAGGGGUCCCUGGCACACCACCCCACCCGCGAGGCCCUCUGCCUCUCCAGGACACAGGGCCCCAGCUGCUUCCCUGCCCCCUCCCACUGCCUUCAGGUAGCCUGCAUUGGCCCAGCUGUGGCCUGGUGACCCUCCUGGCCCAUCGCCUCCCCCCAGCCUCUAGCCUGCAGUGGAGGGGGAGCCAGAAGCACUGGAUUCCUCCGCCCCCUCAGCCCAGGAGGCCCCUCCCAGCCUGCCCCAGCCUCUCUUACCUUUUUGUAUUAUUUUAUAAAGUAACUUUUUUUAUUACUUUAAUUUUUAAAAAAGGAAAAUAAGCAAGAAAUAUAUGAUGAAUGAUAUUGUUUUGUAAAAUAUUUUUUUUAAAUAAUAAUAAAAAAAGACAACCAAAGAACUUCACUGUGCCUAUGUGUUUAUUUGAACGGGGGUUCUGACCAC